CACCGCUAUAAAUACCUAUUCUUGCUAACCUUUUUUUCUCGAUUUUGUACCAAACAAACACUAUACAACACAACACUUUAGACAAAGUGGAGUUUCUCUCUCUGGAUUUUAUUGAGUUUAGAUUGUUGCAUACACUACAAUGGGCAAGACAGAUGAUCAAAAGCUUCAGAAAACUAAAGAUAGAGUUGAUGCCGUUCUUCAUCUCCUCAAGAAACAAGCUCCUCUCUCCCUCAAACAGGAGAGGUAUUGCAGCAGAAGUAGUGUGGAGAGAUUUUUGAAAGCCAAGGGAGAGAAUGUAAAAAAAGCUGCCAAAAACCUAAGAGCUUGCCUUUCUUGGAGAGAGAGUAUCGGCAUUGAGAAUUUGAUAGCUGAUGAGUUUUCUACUGAGAUCGCCGAUGGUGUAGCUUAUGUCUCCGGCUAUGACAAUGAAUCUAGACCCGUUUUGAUUUUCCGAAUCAAGCAAGACUACCAUAAGUUUCACUCUCAGAAAAUGUUGACUCGAGUUGUGGUGUUUACACUUGAGGUUGCAUUACAAAGCAUGGCAAAAAAUGUGGAGCAGUUUGUGAUUUUAAUCGAUGCAAGCUUUUUCAGAUCAGGCCCAGCUUUCAUGAAUAUGUUGCUCACUACAAUGAAGAUCAUAGCUGACUAUUACCCUUCUCGUCUCCACAAGGCCUUUGUUAUUGACCCUCCUUCCAUUUUCUCUUACCUUUGGAAGGGAGUGAAGGCGUUUGUUGAGUUAUCAUCUUACAUUGUUAUGGUAUCCUCACUUGACUUCCAUGAUUCAUUCGAGUUCGACGAUCUAACGUCUUAUUCACGAGCCUCCUCCUCCCUCCGAUUCAACUCCACGUCAGCACAAUCAACGGCCAAGAUUGGUUCAUGCGCCUCCUCUCGAUUCUCAUUCACCGUCGCUCAUCACUUCGACUCCGUCAAGCCUUGGUACCUCAGUUUGGGUGACACGUCAUCCUCCAAAGUAGGCCCCACCAACCCAUCUCUAGUAGGCCCCGCGCUCAUAUCCUCGGCCAAUGCCAGGUCAUUCUCAUUCGCAUCUCCAGCUGCCAGGACGACACGUGGCAACAUCCACACCGUCGCCAGAAAAAGCUUCUUCCCAUCCACACCGUUGCCUCAGAAGACUCAAACAUUCGAUCACACACACAUCAAACAACCUAGGACACCUAAUCCAUCAUUCCUCCAGUCACCUGCCAUGUCAUUCUUCACUAGCAAGAAGGAAUGCCACGUCAGCAAGGCCGAUAAAUGUCGCGAAUCUUUCGCAAUGUUCUUAAAAUUCUACCGGCGACCAUACGACGAGAUGACCUACAGAUCAAAGAUGAGACCGCCUCUCGGCGGCCUCAUCUCAAUCGUCUCGCCGCAGCUCCGCCGUCGCCACAUGUCAGUUUCUCAACGAUUUUGAUCUCCAAAAUGCCACGUACAUAGCAUAACUACAUGAGUACUACUACUAAAUUUUAUCAAGACAUUUUAUUUAGUAGUAUAAAUAACUUAAUUUUCGUUUCCAAAGUCAAAAGGAAUUUAAUGUGUUGUUCAUCGAUUUUGAUCAUCAAUGUAAGGAAGUUGAAAAUUUGGGUGAUAUAAUA